AUGGAAGAACCGCCGGAGGUUUUUCUCAUAAGAACAACGAGCGGACAGUUUAAAUGGCCUCCGCUGAAUGUCUACCAGAGCUUUGAGGAUGACUGCAGAGAAUUUAACGUGAUAGGGCUAGAAGGUCAGUUAUCUGCUGGGGUCGUCAACGAGAAUCUUGAAUAUGUUCUUGCGAAACGAGUGCAUGACCAUGACCAGGACGCGUUCCAGUUGGGACAGAUAAUGUUUGAAAAGGUAAAGUUCCGUUUCUGUUGACCAGAUAUUCCAGCACAACUACAAAAGGGCCUUUGAAUAUUUCAAAAUUGCUGCCGACAAGUACCGCGAUCCGCGGGCACGAUAUCAGAUUGCAGUAAUGAUUUUUGACAACCUAAUGGACAAAUCUGAUCGCGUAGUCUAUACGAAUCCAGAGGUAAGUUUGAUAGACGGUUGAUUUGCCCUAAGGUCACCGCUGUUAACAUGAUGGAGGGACUACUAUCUUUGGACAUUGGACCAAACUCGGAAGUCGGGAACGAAGAGAUUGUAAAUUCGGCGGCUUACAACCUUUACCUUGCUUAUCUUCAUGGCUGGGGCGUUCGGCAGUCUGACGAAACUGCUUUGAAGUAUGCUGUUUUAAAACUUAGCAGUCAAUUUUGACAGAAGUACUCUUGUUUUUGACUUACAUGAACAUAUUAAGUUCAUCUUUAAAACUAGUUUGCUAUCUCACGCGAAGAUAUUCUGUGCAUAGUAAAAUCUCACUAUGGGCCUGAGGCGUGUCUAGAAAGUCUGGGGUUCCCAGAUCGUGUUUUCUGCCAGUCAACAACGAAAAUUAGGCUCCUGCUAAGGCAUCAGAACCUUCUGCCAGUGAACUUGAUGCCAAAUAUUCGAACAAGCACUCAUCGGCAGGGAAGGAGUUUGUACUGCCUGGUAAACGUCAACUCUCUGAAAGAUCUUGGCCCACAGGCAUUGUUAUUGGAUAUCCUCCCUAACCAGAAUACUGACAUUCCUUGUGUGUCCAGUAUUUGCUUAAAUUCAUUCAGGAUGAGAAUAGCAAAAGUAACAGGACAUGACAACUUCUAUAAAAAUGGAGUUUCAUCCAUGUUAGGCCGGAGAUCGAGGUAGUUCCUUAUAGCGUGGGAACAUAUUUCUCCCCGUAUCGACUGCAUAAAUCUAAAGGUAUGAUUUCCGUUCGUAUUAUACGACAGUUUGACCGUCGCGACCGACUAUAUCUACAGUGGUCUCCACAGCAGGCUGAAGCAGGCCCGGUGACUUGUGCGCAAAUUGUUUUAUGGUGCGAGUGCGCUUGCGCUGCGCCCACCGCACUCUCUCCUCUCCACCUGAGUCCGGUGUCAACUCAUAACCAAGAAGAGCAUAGGCGGGAGGGGGCGCAGGUGGCUGGCACGGCGAAAACCCACACCUAGUCGUACGACCACACACCCUGGUCCACAACAAACACUUGACCAGGAUUUUGACCAACCACAAAAGGGCGGCUGAGAAAGAGGAGAAGGACUGGUCAACCGUACUUACGAACUGUAUACCCAGUGGGAGCACUAGUGCAUCCACCGACAGGGGAGCAGGCGCCAGAGAACUUCCAGCGCGCACAAGGCUGCUAAAGCCACGGUUUACUGUUCAUGGCAUAGUAAAUGCUCACAAACCUUAGGACCCAUGAGGAUGAGAGGCAGCCCUGCAUUCAGCCUUGGCCAUCACCCUUAAAGGGUCGGGUCACCAGUCAGCCAUCGACUGAGAGGCACAACCCACAAAGCACAUACUCACUCCUCACAUGUGUGAGAGUACCAGAGGUCGCGUUAAGAAGGAGCCGCUGCAGCCUGACUCUCAGCCCACCAGUCCGUCCCUCCACAUAAAUACACACGUCUGGGCAGACUGCGCGGACUGAGUUGAGCCGUCAUUUGGCAGCCUUCCUAGCCACGGCGGCUGGCGCACCGUGAUAGUUUCAGACUCGUACCACACAUGCAGCAGGGGCGUCACAUGGAGAGGGAGCCGAGAAGCACACUUUCCACUUGCGUGGUAGGUGGCAAGUGAGUUCCCGCGUUUUGUUUUCAUGGGUGAUGCUGUUGUGUGGUGGAGGUGUUGGGGAGGAAUUAUGUGAGAGUGUGGUGUAGCCGGUUUUCAUGAAUGCGCAUGUGACCUAAUAUGCCUAUGCAGUGACUGAAUGUGCGGUGACGGUAAGGGUAGCUGAGGCGUAUGGUGCAGGCACUGGUUCACCAGUCUCUGUGCGGUGGAUUCGUAGGUGACCGACCAGACCGAUGGGUGAGGCGAAUUUGUGAUCGUAAUGAGGGCAUGUAUAUUCCGAGUCCACAUCGCUGGUGUUGGCAGUGGUGAGGUUGAUUUUGACGGCGCGUCAGGAUUGUGUGCAGUGGUGGCAGGGUCAGGAGCGGCCGCAGCAAAUGUUGAAGAUGUGGAGGAUGACAGUGGGGGAUCAGGAUCGCGGUUAGGGUUGACUGUCGACGUGGGGUACGAGGCAGAGGUGGACGGCGAAACAUCAGCUGGUGUCGCCCCGCUGUUUCAGUUGGUUCAGGAAUGCCCAGUAAAACCGACUGGUGCCCAGAACGUCCGCUGCCAUCGUGGGCAGGUCGAGUUCGGUUGAGCGUUGGCGUUGAAAGGUGGGGACAGUCGAUUUUUGCGAACUUCGCGUUUGGCGUUGGCGGAGGUGACGCGAUUGGCUUCGUAGAUUGCUCCGCCUGUUUUCCCUGUCCUCCUUCAGACUGGUCAUUCCCGGGUUUGAUCUUCCCAGUUGGCCGGACUGAUCUGCAGGUGCUUCAAAGGAGUCAGUGUAGUGUCCUCCUUGGCGGCGGGAACUCGUGGCGACAUCUCCAUAAUAAAGUCGUUUUGGGUGGGCGCUCCAGCGCAGUUGCAGUUGUCUCAGUACAGCGUGGUUGCUGAGGCUUCCUGUCCGUCCUCAUACGUUCGUUUCUGGGAUCCGAUCCUGCCACCUCGGCUUCACUAUUCAACGAAGACAGCCAAUGUAGAAGUGGUUUAGUCUGCGUGCCUGCUUCAUGUACACCGUUCGGGCAUCUGCUCCGUACAGCAACGUCGGUAGGAUGACGGGCUUGCACAUCUUCAGUUUCGUGCUGGGUUGAAGACCGUGACAAUUUCAAACUGUUAUUAAGACGGCAGAAGGCUUGGCUUUCUUUGGAAACGCGGCGGGCAACUUCAUCGUCGAUUUUGUUGCUGCGAGAGAGGGUGCUGCCCAAACAGGUGAAGAUGUCCACGGCCUGCAGCUAGGCACCGUUUACGGUGUUUCGGGGUGCAUCGUAGUCAGCGUUCUGUGGCGGUUGGCGCAUAUCUACCGUUUUUCCCGUGUUGCUAACCAGGCCGAAUUUGUCGCAAGCGAUAGCGAAAAAGUCCAUGCUCCUUUGCAUGUCGCCUUCUGUAGUUGCGUUGAGAGCGCAGUCACCGGCGAACAGAAGUUCAUGGAUGGUAAUUGUUGUUUGCAUCCCCACAUCAAAUGCUGAUGCUGAUUACGAAGACAACCGCUUUAUCUCCCUUUGAGGUUUUACAGAAAACUGAACUGCGUAACAGCGAGGUCAUAGCACCAGCUUGAAAUACAAGUUCGCCAACCACACUCGAUGGGACAAUGGCAGCCAACUUCUAGGUCUCGCCAAGAGCAGUGACCUAUUUUUAACAUUCGAAAGUAACCUUCUGACUUUUGUUUCGACUAAAGAAGGCUCCACGGUACAUGUGAAGAAGCCCUGAGAAAGUGCAGUCUUUGGUUUUUGCUAACGGACUGAGCUUAAAGUCGGCAUCCAGAAUACCUCCGAUUAUCCCCACCCAACAGGACGGCCUUGCACCCGUCUAUACUACCCAGCAUUCAUAAAUUUUGCAGGAGUGUAGUGGUCAAUAGUUUUCGCUAGAUUUUCCCCAGCACUCUUGACCGACUUUAAGAUAAUGGCAAUCAUGUACCUUUGUGGAUAAAAACGAAUCCUCUUUGGGAAGACCACUACUGGGCUAUCAUCCACCCCUCUAGGUCACAGUAGGUGUUAAUCAAAGACUGAAUAUCGUCCAGCAUCACUUCAUCUGAUGAUGGUGAUGAUGAUGAUGUGUGUGAGAGGCGCGAGAGAGCAUGUGAAGAUACCGAGACACGUUCACAGCACCCCCGGACAAUAUAUACCAUGGGAGUCGAUCUAGCUCUAUAAUAAUAGAGCUUGGCAACGGGUUCGGAACUGGACUCAACCUCGGUGACGCAAUGCGCCUGUAUCGGGUUCGUCAAUCUUCGAUGAGGGACCGUUCUGUGUUUGGCCGGUUUAUCGAUAUCGCCAUGAAGGUCUUUCAACCCAUCUUCCUAAACUUUCUGAAUCCUCCAGUGGCAAAAUUUGCUGUUUUUUUCCAGUUGAGAUUGCUUUCAUCAAAUAUUUUCUCUGCAUCAAAUAGUAUGAAAAGAGGACAUCGUUUUCAAUAUAUGAUUGUUUAUUUGAGUGCUUUUUAUUGACAGCUGGACUUCGAUUGCAACAUUUUUCCUUGAAAGAUCAGAGAGACGGAUGACAAUGACUCGAAUGUCAGAGAAUGGAUCAAAAGCUGUUAGAAAAAUGGGUCGAACAAAGAUCUCAGCAUAACGCAAAAACAGCGGGAACUUCCUCCUCCGUGCUGCUUUCGAACAAGACCGUUUCAUCCCGGUCCUAGUAAUGAGAUAACCUCGUUUCUGUCCAAAGCUCUUCGCUGCUCUGAAGACAUAAAUGCAUUCCAGCACCUCCAUUCUCGUUGAAAUAGGGUUGUUUAGGAACUCCUUUGGAGAACCGGAAGUCACUAGUACCACAAUGCACGCUCCUCAACAUAGAUAUUGGGUAGCCAGAGGCGAUUGGCUACUUGUUUUAUCUCGCUUGUCCUCCGUUUUAGACAAGCCGGGUGAGAAUACACCUGUUGCCCACCACACAGAGUGUUCUAUCUGUUCCCUAAUCGCCCGCGGUCUCCACAAGUAGUAAUUUGAAGGUGAAACGCGUUUUGCCUAUUAUUUUGUGGCUAAGGCAGUUUUACUAUGUGGUUGUGAUUCUUUACCUCUAUGCUAUGCUUAUCGGAGAAUGACAGAGAUCUGGGACCCCAAGAGGAUACUGCGACUUCAACUCACAGCCCGUGUUUCGAACCUGAAACCCUGACGCUGCAGAGAGACACCUCCUGGAGAUACAGUAGCAUGUCAUGGUCUCGAGACGGUCCGGUUGUAAACUCCGUCGAUUUAACUAAUGGCUCCAGGUGGCGUGAUCUCUCCUAUUCCGUUCCCAAAUUUCCAUCGUCACCUCAUUGACUGAGUAAAUAUGCGGGCCGGUUAGGAAGGCUGACCCGGUAGGAGGUGGAAGGUGAACUAGAUAACGAUUGCAAGCACCCUAGGCCGCAUGGUUGGCAUGGCGUAGCUGUCAAUUUUGCGUGUUGUAAGGCUCUCUGACUUCAGUACUGUUGGCAGCCAUUGCGAUCACAAGUAUGAGAACAGUUUUUUUUAAAAAUAUCGGGAAGCAGCUGUCUUAUGAAUAACAGGGGAGAUUUGCGAUCAUGCGCGCAUGGAACGCUUACAAAUCAUGUAGUGUCUUCAUCACAAAGUCUCUUCGCUCAUUUAAGCUUGGACCCCUUUUUACUCCCUACGGCGGACCCCACCAAAAGUAGGAAGUUCGCAAUUUAACCGUGAAACUCAGAUGAAGCGUCUUAUUAUUCCCCGGUUACGGAAACAUGCGCAGUCGUAAUACCUCUUCCCUCUCCUCUAUACUAGUCGCUGCAUGAGAUUCCCAUUUGCCGCUUCAGCACCUUUCCUACCAUUGGCACUAUGAACAAAUUGCCUCUGUCCGUUAUUCUUUUGUCUCUGACUAUCUUUUUCUUUCGUUAACUGAUUUAUUCGGCACUCCAUGGAACUCUUUAAUGCUGCUUUAAUGCCUGUUUUCAGUUUUCAUUAUUGCAUUAUAGGUUCUUACUGAAGGCUGCCGGUACAGGAGCAACCAGAAUAGCAGUUCUCGCUCAGACAACACUCGGGUAUUUCUACUCGUCUCCAGAUCACCUCGACUUGGGACGUGCAUUCUACUGGCACAAUGAAGCCUGUGGUUUUGGUAGCAUUGAAUCGCAGGGUAAACUAACUCCCUAUCCUAUUUGAGGGGUUUUUUUAUCCCGUCCCGCUCAGUCUCUUGUAGGCAACGUACGAAGACUGUAAAGGUGAACCAUCUGAUAGACCCAUGGGUAAAGAGUGGAAACUCUCACACGGGCAACCUUUCUGCGGGCUUUGGUUGUGCAAAUUAUACCUUUAAUGAUCUGUCCCAAGUGGGUUUUUUGUUAAAAUCAAGCUGUUGAUGGGAGUUGUCGAUGCAGUGCGAGAACAUUCGGGUCACCUCGAUCAAAGACGGUUGAUAACUGGGUAGAAGCAUGCUGCUCAAUGUCUUGCUCUCUGGGUUUAACAUUGUGAGACCAUGGUCUUGGAGUAUUUCAGAAGCCGUCUCGUGAUUUUAAAAAUGAAUCUCGUCUACACUGUCCGGUAAGACGUAAUACCUGGACAGAGUUUAGUUGAAUUUUCUGAACCCUUUUUUAUACUUUCAAUGGCAGUCCCAGCCUAUCAUACUGUCAGCAGUUUUGUGUGUACGUCAAAUCCGCCCUACCCAGGCAGCGGUCCACAUUGCUUCCGAUGAGUAAACUGUCCUGUAUCCAAUAAUUUGCAUUCACGUCCCCUCUUGAACUUGUCCGCGCUACUAGACAUUUCGUGCACACUCGAGGCAUUCUCAGUUGGCGUGAGGAUUAUGGGCAUUUCGAAAUUUAAAAAGACGAAAUUGACAUCAGUAACAUUCAUCGAGCUCACUGUGGUGUUUGUGUCCCAUCGUUAUGAACACUUCCUUUAAACGUCACGUUUUCAAUCAUGGCUUAAUCUGGUACUUACGAGUUCAGUUGUUUUGGACAAGCGGAUAUUUUAACUCAGUUAUUUCCAGUAAAGUUGCCGAUGCGAUGAUUAACCUUACUGUGUCCCAUAUCCAUAGGAAAUAUCGUACUAGCAAAAUAAGUAAGUUUGCUUGGUGACGUUCACUUUAUCUGGAUGUAAUAGAGUUAACUAGACUGAUUCUGUGUUCUCCCAAUGGGCUAUUCAUUUCAAAUUUCGACACUGUUAGCCUGAAGCUUGAGAACGGAUCUGUUUGCUUAGAGAAGGUCCAGUGUCAUCGUCAUCGGUGUGUCUAUUGUGACGGCAGGAGUUGGAGGCUUGUGCGUCUUACUGCUAUUACCCUUUAAGGAUACAUAUGGCAUAUUAUCUGCUUCUUCCAUGCCUUAUGUAUGCCGGACGACGCAAGCCAUGGUUCUUCCGGGCACUCAUAACUGAACGGCCUGAAAGUAACCUAGUUACUUCCCACAAGUAGAAAGCCAUCGCUAGUCUUGUCCGGUGUAGGCGUAUCCUACAAAAAUCCCAUUCGUAAGUAAAGGAACGCUGAUUUCUGUGUUAAGAAUAUCAGUACUAUUACUUUUUCCAUUUCCGCUUUAUUUACUGAAUCUCACUUGUCAAUUACUAUUCUUGAUCGUCACUCCCGUAUUUUGAUUGAGUUGUACGGGACCGCUAUAAGUAGGAAUGUGUUGGAGUAACUGAGCCUUCCUGACCAGAUCACUCCGUAAGUGUUCACGGGGCUUGAAUUCUGGGUGCUGACACGGUAUAGCGAAUGACUGGAUGCCACCCUCUAUUUCAAAUUCUUGGGCAAGGUUCGUUCGAUCAGGCGAGACGCUGUUGUCUUAAAGGACCCUCUACGACAUGUUAAUGAUUAAUGUCUAAACCCUUCUUUCCCCGCCAUCUUAUGACCUUUGUAGCGUCUUGCUCUUCGCUCAGCAUAUGUGCGUUGGAUUGCAAUUUUCCCAUAUCGCUUGUUAAUUCAUGUCAUUAGCAGAUUAGUUGGUCCUAAAUCCCUCCAUUGACGUUAUCCACCUUAGCAUAUGCCUGAUCGGUAUCAAGCUUAACUGGUCAGGAUUAUGUCGUUUAACUAGAGAAUCCGCCAAGCAUUUCACUACACUGUCCAGUGUAAAUUUUAUCUUAGAAGGGUAAUGGGUUAAGAGGAAUUUUUUAGAUGCAAGUCGUGCCCUAGCCACGGAAGGUGUAUGUCUUCUUGCGGUUUCUUGUGCAAAUAAUACGCAUCAUGAAUUUCGUUCUUACUCUCACCCUUGCUCGAUUUAAUGGAUGCUCCAUAAUGGUCACCGGUUCCAACACCAACUAGAUAGCUGCUGUGCGUUUUCCUCCGGUUGCAUGUAGUAGAAUGUAUUGCUUAAACCAAGGAGAUACUGAGAGAAAGAUGGGGCGUCUGGAGGUAGGCCAUGGUCUUUUGGUGGUAGUAAAUUAGCCGCAAACGGCCAUUUCACUCUUGUUUUUCUCUAGUGACAAUGGGUCUCGACAACAGAAAGGCAUUUUUUCCGCUUUUGUCGCGGUACUCUACGUGGUCACAAUUUCAGUGAGCAUUUAAUUUUCACGUCAUUUACAUUGGGAACCCGUUGUCUAAGUGCACAAUAACAAGCGCUGAUCAAGUGUAAUGGUGACCCUUUGUACCAAUAGCCAGGCUUCUACGUCGUUUCUUCUCAGUAGGAACUCUGGCACUGGGCCGUGUGUGGUGUACAUGGCAGCACUGCGUUUUGUGGACUUUCUGCAUUCUACUUGAUAUUACUUCUUUUCUUUGUCUUCUUCCAUAACUCUGCACAAACCUGGAGAGAAUGGCAAGUUACAUUGUUCACUCUCGCAAUCCUUAAUUUUACCGGCAAAUACUUUUGCCAGUUGUCUCACGACUGUCACCGCACGCAUGUUCUUAUUUGCAAACCGCCAGAUAAAAACAACUCCUCAUAAAUGUUUUCCUUAUUCUGAACUGUUCCUUUGCGCAGAAGUCUGUAGCCAAGCUUUGUUCCAGUUGCGUAUUGCUGGACAGGAUUAGAUAAAACGCAUUUGAUCGCAACGACUUGGGCACUAGGAAGCCUAAGGGAGCCUGAGAUGUCCGUGUCUUGCUUACGAGUCGUCACCAAUCUGGAUGCCCACACGCCCAAAGUCGAAACCGAGGCGGAACGCAGGGCAUCCGCGUCUGUGGCUGUAUUUAUUUGAGAUACCGACCUUGGCCUUUAUCAGCUACUAUUGGAAACGUGCGGGACCACGUGAGAGUGGCGUUUGCCGAUUCAGAGUGGAGAGGACAGCUUCCGAUAGUUGUUUGUCCGUCUCUGUACGGUGGUCUAAAUUAGCUGUCGAUGCAGAGCUCAAACACAAAACUAAGAUGCCUAUUUUUGUUGUGCAACUUAGACUAGGUCCGUGAAGGCUACUCCCAAGACUGGAGUUUUAGUUGUCUAGAAAUGAGCCUUAUUUUACAUCUCACAUUACUGUUUUUUACCUGAGGCAACCCAGUUUUUUUAAAGUAACCUUCAGCAGCCUUCGUUUGCAACAAAUACUUCCAGAUUUGAUACCCAGCAGCUGAGUAGUUGUUUUUAAUUUGACUUUCUGAAAGCUGUACUCGGUCUCAUGUAUAUGUACGGGCUGCACGUUAAAGCUGACUGGUGUGCCGCGCUCAAAUGUCUAAAGGAGUCUGCUGAACGCGGUAGCGUCUAUGGCAAGGGAGUUCUAUCACUCCUCUAUUUCCAGCGAAAGAUGUACUCAUUGGCUGCACAGACCGCUUGCUCGUAAGUCCAUCUUCAUGCUUAAUCCAAUAAAGGUCAGUCUAACUUGCUCUAACCCAUAAAGAGAAGUCCCUAAUGCAGUUUCUAUGACAACUAUUUUUGAUGCGAACUUCUAGACCACCUAUGCUGAAGGUUAGUUCCCCGGCACGUGUCACUGGUAUAAACAGACCUUAUGCUGCGAAAGCCAGCUCCCCAAUCGGCUUGAAUCAGGCCAGUUAAUGAUAGACGGGAAAGUGGAGAGGGUAACAACCAUUGCGCGCCGACCCAGCGCCUACUUUCUCAGCUAUAACCAAAACAUGCUUUUUUGAUAUGCAGCAUACUCAACUUGGCCUGCAACGAGUCCCUCUCCUUUUCAAAGGAGGAUUCGUGUGGACGAUGAACUGGAAUGUGUAUGGCACGUAGUAGUUGGUUGUUUUGUCUCCUCACCUCAAAUUUCUUCCCAUCCGCCGGUUAAGUCCUAUUGGAGAGCCAAUACAGUCUGACCAUCGUCCCCAGGGAUGUAAUUGUCUUGGCCGCCAACCUCCAAAUCGCGCCUGUUAGGGAGUCAUGACACCUUUCGACUUGUUUGGCCUUUAAUUUUGAGAUAAUUGGGUGCUUGGCCGGUUUUCUCCCCCUUCUCCUGCCCAUUUGCCGUUGGUCUGUAUGAGUUAAGCCGUUCGUGAUGGACAUGAUGCGCGGCGGCUGAUGUGAAGGCCGACUUCUGAUGUGAGCUACAGCACCAUUAUCAAGGAAUUACAACUCUAAGCUAAUUUAUUCUUGAAGUUAUAACCUAUGGCUUUCCUUCGAAGAUUUAGUUGAAAUAGAAUGAGCUACUGCACAUGCCGGCAGUCCUAGAAACAACUAGUGAACCACACAUUAGUGUUGGUGGUGGCAGACGAUGACUGGUGUUAACUAAAUUAUCAGAACUAAGCACAUGCCUCUAAGUAUUUGCGGCUGCAAUCUGCUAUCAGCUUUCAAGGCUUUGAACGGCUGAACUUUGAGGGUAUACCCGCUAGGUAGACGGCUCCCAGGGAAGAUACCCCACAUCUCAAUUCGAACUUCCGAUCUAUAAAAAUUAUCAGGAACCCAAAAUUGAACAAGUGCUAUUUUCAUCUUCAGUCUUGCCAUGGACGCAGACCUUCGAGUUAAAAUUAUGCGCAAACCACACCUACAAAUUUUCCCACGAAGAGGCGUGGCUAUCGCCUGUUUCGUCUAUGCCUGCUGUCUUGAACGUGGUUGGGGUGUUCAAGAGGACCAAGCUGUUGCUCGAGCCAUGCAUACACGUGUAAGUCGACUUUAGUUUCUCUCCUUAGUGCCCAUAGUACCAUGCAUACCGGCCAGCAUCUAGGAUGCUGCAAACAUUCCCCUACUAUAUGAGUGAAAUUAGCAGCAGGGCAGGCCCAAGCCGAAGGUGCGCGUUCGGCAGUGGCGGCCCUCACAGCCCUCGGACAGCGCAAAAGGUGAAACUGUACGCUCCAAUCCUGAGUGUCACAUCGCGGGUGUUCACUCAGGAAAUAAGAGGACACUCACGGUCCCGGUCGUAGCGCAUAAGUAACAAAGUUCUCGACAGAGCAUGGCGGGCAUUCCACAGGGUCUCACCUGCUCUGCAUAGCACUUCUACGCGUGCUAUUACACACCUCCCCUCCAGCGUCUGACAUAUCGCAGUCUGUGCUGUUUCAUCUUUGUCAGCAGCAACAUUUUCCGACCCCAGAGGCAAAAAAAUAUGCGUGGCAGGCCCGCUGCACAAACCGAGUCGGCCCAAUAAACUGUAUGCCAAUUCACUCAAUCCGCUGACGUACUGUCCAUCUGUAGUUUUUCUGACAUUUUGCAAUGAAUUCGAUCCCGAGUACAGCACACCACGAUUCCGGUCAGUCUGCCCACGACCACGCGGAUGUCCUGUAUUAAGUCUGUCUGGGGAGUACCGUUAUGCCUUUACCACAUAAUCAACACUCCAAAAUGUGUCCCUGGAACUGAGCGCUGCAAAAGCGAUGCGCAAUUAGAUGGCCUCAUGCCGCACGAAAUAUCCCCCUUCGCUUGGCUGGCGACGCCCGAGACGGCAAGCCAUUUUUGCUUGACUCGGCUUCCCCAUGCCACGGACGAUCAAAUGUUAGGUAAAAGUGAAUGUCUGCCUACAAUCCUCUCACAGCAUAUUGUGCUAUCUGUGAAAGUACUUGGACUCUCGCCGAGGCUUAGCAGACAAGAAUGUGUGCGGUCAUGCUCAAAAGUAGUCCAUACUGGCUGCAAAACGGACUGGCAGAAAUUCCCGGUACUUAACAACUGGCACCCUUGGGCAGUACUGAUGGUUCAGUUAUCGGAUCAUGUCCCGAAUUCGAAAACCCUCUGGUAUUUAAAAAUAACCUCUACUAGUCAUGCAAAUGAAAUUCGCCGUCCAGAGCAGUUUUGUCUGGCGUUCAGUUCACAGGAAGCGAAAUUCGUGCAAAACUUCAGGAAUAGGAAGCCCUGUUUGUACUGGCGUGGAGAAUUUACUGACCAACCGGAAAACCUAAUGGACGCUGUGAUGUCGGGCAUAGAGAGGCCACUGGGCCUGGUAGCCUUUGGCGUUCGAGAGUGGGACAUCAAAUGGACAACGAUCUAUAAAAUGACUGCUGAGCGUGGCCACACCGAUCCCCCAUAGUCUAGAGCCUGUCAAUCAGUACUAUGGAUAAUGACCACAAAUACGAGCACAUUUUACAUUGGUCGGUGGGGACUUUCAAGUCUCCCACUGAAAAAUAAGUACACACAAUAUCUGCAUCUGUAUUCCGUUCGCGUGAAAUUUCCGUACAUUAUCAGAGGAACGACACAGCGCAUGAUCGGUUUUCGCUGUCAUCUGCUGUGAACAGACUUACAAUGCAUAAAUGAUUGCACUUUUUACCCUUUUAGUCAUUCGAAAUCGAUUCUGAAUUAUGCUGUCGCUUUCAAAAUAUGAUCAUUCGAGAAGAAAUCUAA